CCUUUUUAUAAAAAGAAGUAAUAUAUGCCACGACGACUGACAACAACGAUUGCGUGUUCCUUGCUAUGCCUUCGACGAGGCUAUAGUACAGCAACCGUAGCAGCAGCGACUAGAACAGCUGCGGAAACAGUCAUACCGACCUUGCGCAAUUACCAACACGAAUGCAUUGAAUCAUGUUUAAAUCAAUUAAAGCAAGGGCAUCGUAAGCAAAUUGUGUCACUACCCGUAGGAAGUGGCAAGACGGUAAUGACGGAAUUGUGAAAAAAAAAAGGGAGGGGAGAAGAGCAUAGUUUGACAACUAAAGGGGCCACGCGUACGUGUGUGUAUGUAGGUUGUCAUGUCCAACCUGAUUGCCAAGAUACCCGAUCCGGCGCCACUGGCACGCAAGACAUUGAUUCUUGCCCAUCGUACAGAGCUAUUAGACCAGGCACAAGCACAGAUCCAACGCUACAAUCCAUCUUGGAGAGUGGUAGUGGAUCAAGGCAACCGAAAACCCGACAUUGACGCUGCCGAUGUUGUAGUCGCAUCCGUCCAAACACUAGGCCGUUCGGCCGCCACCACUCGACUCGAACGCUACGACCCGCAACAAUUUAAAACGAUCAUGAUCGACGAAGUCCACCACGCAGCAGCCAACACGUACACCAACAUUCUGGACUACUUUGACACAUUUGCAGCUGACAACCACAUAUUUGUAUGGGGCUGUUCCGCCACAGUGCGACGGCACGACGGCAUUGCACUCGAAGGGAUUUUCGACAAGAUCGUCUAUCACAUGGACCUAUUACACAUGAUCGAGGCUGGAUGGCUAUGUCCCAUCAAGGUGACCACCGUCGAAACCCAGGUGGAUCUUUCCAAGGUCCAUACACGUUAUGAUGAUUUUAUGCAGAGUCAGCUGGCGCGUGCGGUCAAUGUGGAGCAGCGUAACAAGACGAUUUAUCAGAGUUGGACCAAGUUUGCGGCCACGACAGAACGCAGGUCAACGUUGGUGUUUGCGGUCGAUAUGGCACAUACCAUCGCGUUGUGUAACCUGUUUCGAAGCCAUGGGGUCGAUGCAGACUAUGUGACGAGUAAAACACCAACGCUGACCCGGUAUGAGACGUUACAACGGUUCCGUAAUGGUGAAUUUCCAGUAUUGGUCAACUGUGGUAUCUUGACAGAAGGCACAGACAUUCCCAGGAUCGACUGUAUCCUAAUGGCACGACCCACCAAGUCAAACGUCCUGUUUCAGCAAAUGUUUGGACGGGGCAUGCGACUCUAUCCAGAAAAACAGGACUGCUUGGUCAUUGACUUUGUGGAUAAUUUUAGCAAGGCUGGUUCUGAAGGGCUGGUCACGUUUCCCACGUUGAUGGGGCUCGACCACAAUCAGGUAGUGCGGGACGAAAACGUGCUCGAUAUGGAACGCCGAGCCGUCGCACAGGCCAAUCAACAACACGUGGGAGAAGAAGAUGCUACUGCCGCCAAUGCUGAUGACGAAGAAGAAGAAGAUGAUGAUGAUCAACAUCAUCAAGAUAUCCGUGUCAAGAUCACUGAGUAUGACGACCUGAACGAAUUCAUGUUGGAAUCAUCUGUAUCGCCUGAACUCCAUGCCGUCACUCCAAACAGCUGGGUGACUGUGGGCCAAAACAAAUGUGCGUUGAGCAUAUUGUCUUUUGGCACUGUAAGACUAGAACAGUCGGACAAAGAUGGGCUCUGGCGAGGCACAUUGACGCGUGAAACAAGAAACGCUCGUGCUAGUAGUGAUAGUAGUAAUGAUACUACUACGACUCGUAACAGUAGUGGAAAACAAAAGCCUGUUUUCCGGCGACGCCAAAAAUUACCGCUGACAGCCGACACUCGAGCCACGGCGAUCCGCGCAGCCGAUACUUGGCUCAAUCAAAACAUUUCGCAACAACAGCAAUUUAUGGUGAGACGAACCGCAGCUUACCGUCGCCAUCCAGCCACGGACGCACAAAUAAAAAUGCUGAAACGCCAACACGUGGAACCAAAGCAAAGCUUGACAAAAGGCCAAGCCAUGGAUUUGAUUACUCGAAUGGUUAUGGGCCAGCGCAAGAUAUGGCAGAAGGAACGCGACAAGUUGGUGGAAUAUAAAAAACAGCAAGCGAAAAAGCAAGAACGUGCUGUCUUACUAAGAAGUGCUGCGAGUAGUAGUACAUAAUGUGUUUUCGUUUUAAUUAAGCAAGACUUGUUCUCUCGUGUGUAUGUCGUCGGUAGCAAAAACUGUUUUGCCGAAAUCUUUGUAUUAUAGUAAU